AUGAUUAAUACUAAUGAUAAAGGGAUUAAAGAAAUAAUACAAUCAUUAUAUGUACAAUAUCAUGAAGCCUUUUCAAAAAAUGAAUUUGAUUCAGUAAACUGCCAAAUAUGUGCUAAAAAACAAUCAUAUAAACCUAUGGAUCAAAUAAAUAAAAAAUGUCCAUAUUAUAAAUGUCUAUUACAUAUGAAGAAAGAAGUCAUUGAAUUAGCCGAAAAAUUAGUUGAAUGCGGUGUAUUAACAAAAGAUGAUAUAAUUGUGGUAACUUAUACAAAUUUAUCAGAUCAUAUAGAAAUAUUAAAAAAUUUAUUAGAAGUAACAAUAAAUAAUGGUCUUAAAUUAUCACCAGAUAAAACGGUAUUGAUGGCUACAGAAACCAUAUUUCUGGGAAAUCAUAUAACUACAGAUAAAAGGAAAAUAGAUAUUUCACAUAUAACAAAAAUUUUGAAUAAAAAACGUCCUAUGACACCAGCACAAAUAGAUAAUGUAGGACUUCAUUUAUAUCAACCAAAUUUUCUAUUAGAAGUACAUUGCGAUGCAUCAUCAUAUGAAAUAGAAGGAAUGUUAUGCCAAAAAGUACCACAUAAAAAUUCAUCAAAUUCAAAUGCUUCAAUUUCAUUACCGUUAUCGUUUUAUAAUAAAACAUUGCCACCAGUAAUUAUAUAUAAAGAUUUAAUUUAA